GCGGUGACAGGUCAGUCCCAGAUACUCAAGUUCUGGACCUUGGGAGCACUGCACUAUGGGGCACCUCCUUUACCUGAGUUUUGUGCUGUUGGCGGCAAAAUGCCUGUGUGUCUCUGACGAGGUACCGGUUUCAAUCAACGACCAUUGGAAUGGCGGGUUCAACGGGAAGGCUUGCUUUGACAUCACAUCAGAUCUUCAUGGGUGGACUGUCCAUCUAAAGUUUGACAAACCCGUCAGUUCUCUGCAGUGCCACAUCUGGUCGGUGGAGGUAUCUUAGUCAACAUGACUAAAUUGGCCUAUCAGAACGACGGUCACUUCGAGGGUACCUUUGCCUUCCCCCUCCAAGACUACACGAUGGGCUGGAUGGCCAAUCUCACCUUUAGUGUUCCUCUGAGCAGCAUGCACCUGACAAAUCCAAGUACAACUACAACGACAUUCUGUUCAAGUCUUUUCUGUUCUACGAGGCUCAACGUUCCGGAAAACUGCCAGCCUCCAACCGCAUUCCUUGGAGAGGAGACUCAGCCCUCAAUGACAAGGGGGAGAACGGCGAGGAUCUGACUGGAGGAUGGUAUGACGCCGGCGACCACGUCAAGUUCAACUUCCCCAUGUCGUACAGCACCACGAUACUCGCCUGGGGUUAUCUCCUCUACCCGGAGGCCUACAAGGCAGCUGGUCAAGAGGACGCGCUCCUUGACGGUAUCAAAUGGCCGUUGGAAUAUUUACUCAAGUGUCACACGGCGCCCGAAGAGCUCUACGUUCAGGUGGGCAACCCGGGACCAGACCACGGAUACUGGGGCCGGCCAGAGGACAUGACAAUGCCCAGGCCAUCUUACAAGAUCACAGCGUCCAGACCUGGAAGUGAUGUUGCUAUGGAGACUGCCGCCGCCAUGUCAGCUGGUUAUCUGGUCUUCAAGGACAAAAACUCUACUUUCGCCAACACACUUUUGACUCACGCCAAACAAUUGUGGGACUUUGGCAUGAAGUACAAGGGCAAGUACAGCGACUCUGUGUCAGCAGCCGCUGGCUUCUAUUCUUCUCACAACUACACUGACGAGCUGUGCUGGGGUUCUCUGUGGCUCUAUCAGGCCACCAACGAGAGCAAAUACCUGGAUAAUGCGGAGAAACUGUGGGACCCUGAACCUGCGUGGGGCAUGUCGUGGGACGAGAAGACCAUCUCAAACCAGGUUCUCCUGUACAAACUGACGGGCAAGGACUCCUACAAACAGGCUGUUGAAGGCACCUACACCUCCUGGUUCCCCGGAGGCGACAUUACAUACACGCCCAAGGGCCUGGCCUUCAGAUUGGUUUGGGCAUCUCUUCGAUACUCGUCCAACAUGGCAAUGAUGGCCCUGAUCGCCGCUGACGCGGGCAUCCACCCCACGGAGUACCGCCACUGGGCCAUGUGUCAGAUCCACUACGCCCUGGGAGACACAGGAUUCAGCUACGUCGUCGGCUUUGGGGAUGACUAUCCUGAGAAACCUCAUCAUAGAGGAAGCUCCUGCCCGGUGAUCCCGGCACAGUGUGGCUCUUACGUGCUGCGGAGCCACGCCCCCAACACCCACACUCUGUACGGAGCCCUGGUGGGCGGGCCAGGCCGCAGUGACGACUACAAGGACGACCGGGAGAACUAUCAGAACAACGAGGUGGCCACAGACUACAAUGCUGGGUUCACCACCGCUGUGGCUGCUCUCAAAUCUCUCUGGAUGAGCAACAAGCACCCGGAGCAGACCGGAAGUGCCUCGUGUCCGUACAGCGCCACAAGCCAAUCCCUGCCAGUGGUAGGCAGACGGUAGAGAGAGACAUGGGAGUCCAGCAUCAAAACUGUACUCACAAUAUGUCUUGUUCAAGUUCAAGGGGUGCCGAGCACUGAAGCUACACAUUGGAGAUAUCCAAACUUUUCUGCUAGUUUUGAAACAAGAAUAUAGUUUUGACUUUUUGGAAAAGUUUAGGCGUAAAACCAGGAAAUGAAAUCCAAUGACACAUCAAUGUAAUGGGGUCAAUUUAGAAACUAGUUCUUUUAUUUCUUGUUGAAUUUGAAAUAAAUAGUGAUACAUGAA